AACUAACGCUGCGACUCAAACGAGAAAUAUUGGCACUUAACAAAAGAGAAAGUAUCGAUAGUGUUAUUAGGUCAUCAAUCAUAGCUGCCAUGCCGUGAUCUUUAAAUAGAGAGUGUCAAUUAUUUAAGCGUAAAGCGUAAAUAACAAAACACCAUGAUGUGUUUAUUAAUCCUUUGAACAGAAAGAAUACGGAUAGAAAAUUAUGCCGAUUACUCCACGGUGAAACAGUUAAAUAAUAUUAAUUUGUCAAAUACUUUAUUAGCUGCCAUUUUCUAUAGAUUUAAUGCAUGUAAAUAUAUUUAUAUAUUAAAUCUAAUUGUAUAAAAUAUAUACUCAGGAUUAUAUUGUAAACUGCAAUAUAUAGGUGUAAAUGAUGCAUUUAAUACUAUUUUCGAAAAAUAGUUCAGUGAAAGAGAAUUUUUUGAAUAAAUACAUAAAUGAGUUUCGCCCUCUUCUUUUACGUAUGCGAUAUGAAAUUGUAAACGAGUUUGAGAGGCAAAGUUUUAUCGUAACAUCAGCUGUGACCUCUUAUUCACUCUUACUCACGUAUCUUGUCUACCGUAUAGGAAUACGAAAGAAUGCAGGGGGAACCGUAAAUAUGGUCAUCGCACAAGUGGGGAUCACAUCGAUGGGCACGGGAGCGAGUCUUUUCUUCGACACGCUUCAUUCAUGUUUAGUAGUGUCAUCGAGUAGUGCCGGAGCGAAGAGUAUCGGCCUCUUCCCCGUAAUCCGAUAUCGCCGAGUUUUUACACUUCGAAAGCAUAAUUCAUUAAAAAUUAUUUGGUGCGAUAAUUUGGUGCUUAAAUAAUUAUCUACUCGGUUUCUUGCGUGAAAAACGACACCGCCAGUUUCUACGUAAAAAGAAGGGAAAUGUCAGUUAUCGAAUUAAAAGCCUUAUGUCUUGGAGGGCCAAAGUUUAAGUGCGAGAAUUACAUCUAGUGAAAAAAAAAUAUAUAUAUAAUGUUUGACGAAAAAUAUAAUUAAGAUGGAAAAUAACAACAGUUACGUUGUAAUUAAUUGAUCUUUUGAUUGUGUAACGAUGCGGAAUAAGAAAUUAUCGGAAAGUAAGUUUGCAGUUCUCUUCAGUCGGAGACGCGGAAGAUCGGUUGGAGACGCUCGCGUUGUAGGAUUGGAGGAAACGCGCCGAUGGCGAGCGGAAGUCUCGUUCGACCGAGUCAAAGGCCGAACAAGAUCUUCCAACAUGGAAUGAUCACGUCAAGUGCAGGAAAGUCUGAAGAAAAUUGAAUUUUCUUCGGUAGAGAAUUUUUGAAACGCUCGCCAAUUUUUGAACAGCAAGAAUUAUGAGAGUUGAAAUAAUUUGCUUGCUUCUGGUCGUCGCUCGUAUCCACCCGGGCAAAUGCGAUGUCUUCAUGGACUUUUUGCGCAGUGUAUUUCAAGGGGGAAGGAACAAGAUUGAUCCAAUGGGAAUCUCAUAUCCCGUACACUACGGCGGUGUACGAAAACAACCGAUAAUUCCUGACAACGUCCCGUUUCCUUGCAACGUGCAUUUUAGCAGAUCCUUGUCAAUACCAGACAGCGUUCAUCGAUUGAGACCGGGAGACAUCGACGUGAUAGGUGGUCUCGGUGACUCCUUAGUCGCCGGAAGCGGCGCGUUGGAGGAAUUCGCUGUAGGAACCUUCAUUGAGGCGCGCGGAGUCAGUUGGUGCGUCGGGGGUCAAGGGGAUUGGAGACGAUUCUUCACGCUUCCCAACGUUUUAAAGAUAUUCAAUCCGAAAUUAACAGGCUACUCCACCGGAACGGGAGAGUUCAUCUCGACCGCGGCGAAACUGAACAUUGCCUUUCCGGUCGCUGCUACGGAGGACGCGUUGCAGCAGGCGAGAAUCCUGGUGCAGAGAAUUAAAAAUGACCCAAAGAUAAACGUGAAGAAGCAUUGGAAGCUCAUUACGAUCCUAUUUGGGGCUAACGACAUUUGUUCGGCGCAAUGUUACGAUCCGCAGCAAUUCUCGCCGCUGCGUUACAUCCUGCACUUACGAAGGACGCUGGAUUUCUUGAGGAUCGCGCUGCCCCGCACGCUAGUCAAUCUGGUUCCAGCCAUAGAUGUCACGGUCUCGGUUAGGGUGACGCGAAGUACCAUGUGCAAUAUAUUGCAUCCACUUUACUGCGGCUGCAUGCACAAGGGUAGUCGACCGGAAAUCGCAGCGUCGAAAAUGUCGCGACUCUAUCAGCAGGCCGCCGAAACAUUAGUCUACUCAGGAAGAUACGAUAACUCCCCGGAUUUUACCGUGGUGUUACAGCCAUUUAUUAAAUUAUUCAAUGCACCUAAUGCGGAUCCUAAUCAUGCUCCGCCGAUCGACUCCAGUCUGGUCACAUAUGACUGUUUCCACUUCAGUCAGAAAGGACACGCACUCGGCGCUAAUCUUUUGUGGAACAAUAUGCUGGAGCCGGUCGGAAAUAAGACGGAAAAGGGAUUGCCUAGAAUAUUGGAGAAGGUACUCUGCCCCACGGAGAACGCGCCCUACAUCUUCACGAACGUUAACUCGCGAUUCUUCCGAAUGACUGGCAGGCAAGAUGGAAUUGUGCCUAGAUAACAUAAGGCUCGAUAGUAAUCGAUCCUAAUUGACGAGAUAAAUUAUUAUGAAAGAACUUAAUAUAUAAUAAAUGCAAUGAAAUUAUCCGGGACAUUCGUUAUCGAUGUUAUUAUUAUUUGUUAUGUGCGUAAAACUGCGCGUGAAAAUAUAUAUAUUUCUAAAAAUAAUAUAAAUAAUAUCAAAAUAUAAUAAGAAUAUAGUUUUAAAUGUAAAUUAAGAAUUUAUACAUGUUUGCAUAAUUGGUGUACGAAUAAUUGACGUUCUAUUGUAAUAUUAUAGAUAACGAUUAAAUGUACUCGUUAUUUUCUUCGUAUAUUUUCAGAAAAAUGUAAUUUUGCACGAUCUGACGAUAUUGGCAUUUCGUGAAAUAUUUAGGCAAAUAUAAUUUGAUGUAUAAACAAUUACUAAUCAACUGUUUGAAAUAAAGUAGAUUUAAAAAAAA